AGUGAGCUCUCUGUGCUGGGGCGCUGGGAAGGGCCUCUGCUCAGGGCCAGCAGUCGGCAGCCACCGAAGGAGAUUCCUUUCCACUGGACCUUCUCUUCUACACACUCCCUGCUGUGCUUCCAGGAAGGAGGCCCUGGGGCCCACAGACAGAAGGACAGCUGUGCUAUGACAGUGACAAAGGCCAAGAAGGAGAAAGCUGAGGACCACUGACGGCCUUGCCUCCUGUCCGGGAACUGCCUCUUCUACCCCAGACCUUCUUCCUGUGGAUACAUGGUUGUGCAGGACAGCACGGAUGCUGGGGAUGCCAGGGUGGGCGUGCGGCUAGAGCCCUUCCUGCACCAGGUCGGAGGGCAUCUGAGCGUGAUGAAGUACGAUGAGCACACGGUAUGCAAGCCCCUCAUCUUCCGGGAGCAGAGGUUCUACGAAUCCCUGCCUCUGGCCAUGAAGCAAUUCACUCCACAGUACAAAGGCACCAUCACGGUGCACCUCCAAAAAGACAGCCGAGGCCAUCUCAGCCUGGUGGCCAACCCGCUGAAGGAGAACCGGGGGCCCUUCAAGGUCUCCACGGAGUCGGCGGCAGUGGCACUAUGGCAGACUCUCCAGCAGACCACCAGCGGCAGUGGUGGCGCCCACCCCCUCACCCAGUGGCAGCUGGCACACUCGCUCGAGGAGAGCCCGGCCACGACGCUCCUGAGGUCCGAGUUCCAACUCAAUGCCCAAGUCUCCUCGCUGGUGGAAGAUGCUAAAGGGAACCAGUCUGAGAGGAGGAGCUUUAACCCGUGGGGCCUGCAGUGCCAUCAGGCCCACCUGACCCGCCUGUGCACCGAGUACCCAGAGAACAAGCGGCACCGGUUUCUGCUGCUGGAAAACGUCGUGUCACAAUAUAAGCACCCCUGUAUCCUAGACCUGAAGAUGGGGACCCGGCAGCACGGGGAUGAUGUGUCUGAGGAGAAGAAGGCCCGCCACAUGAGGAAGUGUGCGCAGAGCACCUCGGCCUGCUUGGGCGUGCGCAUCUGCGGCAUGCAGGUUUAUCAAGUUGAUAAGAAGCACUUUCUCUGCAAAGACAAGUAUUACGGAAGAAAACUCUCCGUUGAGGGGUUCCGACAAGCACUCCAUCAGUUCCUGCAUGACGGAACCCGCCUCCGGACAGAGCUCCUGGAGCCCAUUCAGCACCAGCUCCGGGCCCUCCUCUCGGUCAUUAGGAGCCAGAGUUCAUAUCGAUUCUACUCCAGCUCUCUCCUCAUCAUCUAUGAUGGGCAGGAGCUGCCAGAAAGGACCCCAGGAGGUCUGCAUUCUCAGGAGGCUCCGCAGAUGACCCAUGGCAUCUCUGCUGGAGGUCUCACCAAAGUUGACAUCCGGAUGAUCGACUUUGCUCACACAACAUACAAAGGCUCCUGGAACGAACACACCACUUAUGACGGACCAGAUCCGGGCUAUAUUUUUGGCCUAGAAAACCUCAUCCAGAUCCUACAGGAUAUUCAAGAGGGAGAAUGAGGCUUGUUGGGCAUAUCCAGAUUUUUUUGGAGUCUAGUUCUCAAAAGGGACCUACUGCCAGCCAGGGUACUCUAGAAACUGUUAGAUGUCUUUGUAAUAAUUAUAUCCACAUUCAAAAGCCAUACAUGGCAGGUAUAUUAUCGGCUGCUAAAGAAACUAGCUCUGGAGAGAAUUCCACGUAUGCUGGCAUCUUAUACUAAUGCUGGUCAUUGGAGACUGGACAGUCAGUGUGAAAUGGCACCAUUUUGCAGUACAUUGGAGGGCUGCGGCAGGAGUGAGAAGCCAGCAUUACAGUAAGAUUCUGGAGAAUUUGCGUUGAAAAAUUUUUUUAAAAUUUUAUUUAUUUAUUCAUGAGAGACACAAUGAGAGAGAGAGGCAGAGACACAGGCAGAGGGAGAAGCAGGCUCCAUGCAGGGAGCCCGAUAUGGGACUCGAUCCUGGGCCCCCAGGAUCAGGCCCCAGACUGAAGGCAGUGCUGUUGAGCCACCAGGGCUGCCCCAAAAAUGCUUUUUUGUUGUCACACUGAAGUCUUGGCAAGCUAUGAGGCAAAAAACUCUACUUGAAGAAGACCUGAACAGUGAGUUCACAAGUGUAUGAUUUUUCCGGAGCUCACGAAUGACUGUCUCCUACCUUCCCAAGAGGCAUUUGGGUGAGGCAGGAAGGAGUAGGGCAGAUCUGCCCAUCUCACCAGCUUCCUACCCAGGGUCUGAAUUGGCAAGGGCAAUCCAGACACAGCCCUGGCAAAUCGAGACCCCAGGUUCUCCAUUUUUGCCCAUGGAGACAAGGGUCUCUUUCUAGACUUCCGAGUACCUAUUGGGAGCGAUAACUUGACUAGAUCCUGGCCACAAAAUGGCUCUAACCAUAAAAUGCAGCUUCCAGUGGGGGUGGACUGCACGAAAGGAUGAGCUACUGAUAUUAAAUUAUACUAUUUGCUUUCUAUUUAUUUAUUUUGGGGGUAGGGUGGGGGAAUCAGGAGAGAGAAGGCUGGAGGGCCAAGGAAACCAGGUGCAAUGUUUACAAGACUGGUGAACAAGUGUAAAUACGGAAGAGCAAACAGUCCUAAUUAAUUAGUUCUUCUGCAGUGUGGAAACCCAUUACAAUGCCCUUGAGUCGAGCAUGAAGAUACGUUACCCAAUUAGGGAAAUAAAUUUGUUAAUAAAAUUGCUGAGGUCACCAGAAUUAUUUGGUGUGCCUUAUUACC